AUGGCAGAAGAUAGCGUCACCCAGUCCGCUUCAGAUACGGAGAGAGUGGAAUCUCUCAUCCAAGGCCGCGCAAAACGAAGCACCGCAGGGCGACACAUGUCCGCCCUUCUCAACGCCGAAGCCGACGAUGAUCUAGCCCUCCUAUUCGAAGAAGUCGAAGACGACAACGAAUUCUACGAAGAUGUAGACCCCGAUGCCGGCGAAGAUGACGACGUACUUGAAUCCUCCUCCGAUGACGAAGACCAGGGGCCCAACGCCCAAGACGAGGAUUUUGAAGGAGAGAAGGAACUACAAAAGGAGGCCAAGGCGGAGAAGAAGCGAAAGAAACAGCAGGAGACUUUCAAUCUGCAAACACUGCGGAAAAGAGUCAAGAUUGAUCCUGCUGCUGUGCAGUCGCAGACGGAACCCGCUCCUCGGCCGAAGAAGAAAUCGGAGCGGAUUUCGUGGAUCCCUACGGUUGAAGAUGGGCCUACGCGGUCGUCGUCGCGUCGUCAGACUAUGCAGAAUAAGGAGGUUACUCAUGCGCGGUUGAAAGAUAGCGAAGAGAAGCGUGUUCGGUUGAUCGCUACGAUGGAGGAAGCGGCUAAGAGGAAGGCAAGAUUUAAGCCAAAGGAGAUGACACAGGCCGAGCGGUUGGCUGAAGCAGAGCGCGUGGAAAAACAGAACAGCAAGAGUCUGAACCGGUGGGAGGAGAUGGAGAAGAGAAAGGCGGAUGAAAGACUUGCGAAGAUUGAAGCUCUUCAGAACCGGCGUCUUGAAGGGCCUGUUAUAUCCUACUGGAGUGGUUUGGCUACGUGGGUUAAUGGCCGCCUGACGCGCGUUGGAAACGUGGAUGUUAUACAAAAGCAAAAACAGGAUAAGGAAGAGAAAGCGAAGAAGAGCAAGAAGGCCGUUGAGAAGGAUGAUAAGAACGGGCAUGGAAUGAAGCCUUUGCCAAUGACAGAAGUCGAGAUUUCCACGUCGGGACUUGCCCCUGUGCCCGCUCCCGCAAAUGCGCAGGGGCCGGUAUCUGGCGAAGGCAAUGCUUCGAAGCAAGAUCAGGCCCCACCAAAUGAGCAAGGUGAUCUUAGCACGAUUCAAGCUCAGACUCAGACUCAAACAAACGGCCAGGCAAACGGAGAAAGUGGCGAUAAGACCCAGGAAGAGUCGGCACUGACAGUGAUGGAGGGGCCUACAGAUAAUCCCGCCGCUCAACCAUCUACAGAAGCAAGUAAUAAUGUUCCAGAUAACGGUAACCCGGCCAAUGGAGUUUCGGAUCAGAAACCAGUAACAGGCACUGAGCCACCACCUGCAAAAGAUAUCCCUAAAGGAUCAACUGAUAAUGCAACAGAAGCACCUAAAGGAGAUCCAAUGGACAUCGAUCAAAAACCAGAAGAAUCGGAAAAGGAACCCGGUCCAGAGACAACACAACCGUCAGAAGCAUCGAAGGCUGUACCCGCGGGGCAAGUGGAGGAGAUCAAGCCAGAUGCUACCCCUCAAGAGGCACCACUAUCUGCACCAGCUCAGGCAACACCUCAGAUAGGGACUUCUGCACCGGCGGUUGCUGCGGCACCAGCCGAGAUCACAUCGGCUGAAGGCGUGCCGAUGCCAACACCACAGGAACAACUGGCUCCUGAAUUUCACAUGGAUCAACAGCAGCCCGUGGCAGCAGAUGAGGGGGGAUCAGGGUCGGGGAUCCCGGCGCCACCGCCGACGAUAGAGCAGACGGGAAGGACCCUUACCAUUCUGGAAAAUUUCGACGAUAAGACGGCAUACAGUCGGGAGUUUAAUAUCUAUUUCAAUGCGAAGAAACCGCCUAGACUUGCCAAAAUCUCGUCGUCACUGUGCGUGAUUACGUCUCUGCCAUCACGAUAUCGCGAUCCAGAGACAUCCCUCCCAUUUGCCAAUGCAUAUGCACACAAGGAGAUCCGCAACACGGUCGACCAGCGGUAUGCCUGGAGUCCAAUGCUGGGCUGCUAUGUUGGACCGGUGGGGGUAGCAGCGCGGGGCGUCCCGGAGCGAUUUCUGGGAUCGUCUCAGACCGAUGCUGAGGGGCUGUCGAAUUAA